CAGACAGCAGCAGAAAUAUAUUACUUGGAUAAAAAGUGGAUAAAGAAUAAAUAAUUGCCUUUUUUGUUCGUCUCAAGAGAUUUCAUCAGGAGCCAUGGCCACCCUCGGACAAAUCAUCUUCUACAGCAUGCUCGUCAUCAUCGUCAUACUUAGCUUCUUCAUCAUCCUCUUCUUCUCCCUGGCCUUCUCCAAGCCCCAGUCCAAUGUGAUAAGCAGCAGUACAAAGCCUGUCGCCAACCUUGGUGAGGAUCAGCUGCUCAGCUGCUAUCUUAACACACAAACUUCCCAAGACAAAGUGACAGUGACCUGGAAGAAGACGGACCUGACCGGCCUGGUUUACUUUUAUCAGAACGGAGCUCCGGAUCUGACGAAUCAGGCGUCACAGUUCAGUGGGAGAACUCAGCUCUUCCCUGAGGCUGUAGUCACAGGCAAUGUGUCUCUGCUGCUGAGGAAUGUGAGACGCAGCGAUGAGGGGAAGUACACAUGCAGCAUCAGCUCCUCUAAAGGUGGAGGAGAGGUCAGCAUUCAACUCAGAACAGCAGCUUUUUCAGCGCCCACUUUCACCUUCUCAAAUGGCACCCUGUCUGCCGAGGCAGUCAGGUGGUUCCCAAAACCAAGCAUUUCAUGGUUAAACCAAACUGAGAACAUCCUGAAUGGAAGCUCCACUUUCACAGGAAACUCUGAGGGGAUAUUCAGCAUCUUCAGCACACUGCUGUCGGUCCAAGUCAGUGACACCUACAGCGUCAGGAUCGAAAACAGCUUGGUGAUGGCUCUUUCUGAGGCAACUAUAUCAGGCUCGGAUGUUUCAUGGAGGACUUAUUUCACCUUCAGUGCUGCUUCAUUCCGUCCAGUUGGAUCACUUUAUGUCAUUAUUAUGACCAGUUUCCUCUGGAUCUAUUAUGUGACCUUGUGACACACUAAUGUACACAAAAACACACAAUACAUAUAGAAAUACUGUUAAUUACUUCCCCUGGCUGCAUAUGUGUGUGCAUGUGUUGCAUUUAACCUCAGGAUAUGUCCAAAGUAAAGACUGACAUUCACAAAAGCGGUCCUCUUUGAAGAUUGUGUAGCUUUACUUUAAUGUAAUUUAUUACUGCAUGUGUUGCAGUUGUGUAAUGCCAUUUAACUCUGUGUUGGAUGUUUUUAAUAAUUUAUCUAUUAACUUUUAAUAUUAUUUUUUACAUCCUCUAAUGCAUUUACUGUGUGUGAACUGAGGGUUCCAUUCAAAUUAUGCCAGUAAAAUUCAGCUAUCUUGACUUUGAAAUUUUACUUUAAUGCAGACAUGUAACAUAAUGAAAUACAGAAAUAUAGAAACAAAACAAGUAAAACAUUGACAUUUUAGCACAUUUUCUGUGACAGUUUUACUGUCUAAUUGUAGAAGCACUCACUUUAUUUAUUCAGAAAGCUCUACCUCUGGAGUUACCUUACACCUUUCAUUUAAAUCUAAAAACUACAGACAGUGUCCAGUAACCAUGGCAGAACUGGUUUCAGGUACUCUGAACCUUUCAAAUAAACCUUAAACACCUCAGUCUACAGAAAUCUGUAGAUUCCUCCUGGAUUUUGUGAGGGUGAUGUUUGCAGCUGUUUAUUCAUACUCACUUUAUUCCAUUGUUCUAUUUCCAUCAUCUGAUAAUGUUUUUAUAAAUGCUUAUUGUUCUAAUUCCUCUCAACAAAUAUAUUUUCACCCCAAUGAGACUCUCUGAUUAAUGACGGAAUUUUAAAAAAAUUAAUAAUUAAAGUUUUAUUUUUGAAAAAUG